UGUUUUGACUGAUAAAUAAAUGCAAACAUGCGAGCCGUUUUAAUAAUAUUAAAAAUACCGAUUACGAUAACAUUUUCCUAGUAAUAAAAGCGUUCCAUUUCCUAAUUAGGUUGUGGUUGGUUGACGUAUUCAGUUGUAUUUGUACCAUCAUGAUGGUACGUUGUGUUUUAUUAUUGUCGGCAUUGGUAGCGUUUUGCCAAGCUAUUGUGCCGGGACCAAAGUAUAUACCUACAAAAGGUGAAAUAUGGCCCAAGCCUCAAUACGAGAAAAAUAAUAAAGUGGUAUUUUUAGUUGACAAGGAUAAAUUGGAAUUUAAGGUAACAAAAAAGUCGUGUCAAAUAUUAACGGACGCUAUCCAGCGAGCUAAGAAAACCUUACACAAACUGUCUAAAAUCGCCAAGCGUAACUAUAACAAGCAGGGCGUGGAUCUGAGCUCGCCGACUUUGGACACGAUCGACGUGGAGUUGACUCGGCCAUGCGAGGCUUACCCUUACCAUGGAAUGGACGAAAGUUACAAUCUCACGGUAUCGGACACGGCGUGUUUGACCGGGCACUCAAUAUGGGGCGUCUUGCACGGGCUCGAGAGCUUUAUACACCUAGUCUACCAAUCAGAUGAUUAUGAGACUCUCCUAAUACAAGAGACUAAAAUUCAUGACUACCCGCGCCACCCCCACCGCGGGUUACUAUUGGACACUUCUCGCCACUACCUGCGAGUGAGCAAACUGCUCCCUACGCUGGACGCCAUGGCGAUGAACAAACUUAACGUGUUCCAUUGGCACAUCGUGGACGACCACUCGUUCCCGUAUCAAAGCGAAAAGUUUCCUGAGUUAAGUGAAAAAGGAGCCUAUCAUCGGUCAAUGGUCUACACGAAAGCAGACAUCAAGAAGAUCGUAGAAUAUGCGAGAAACCGGGGGAUCAGAGUAAUACCUGAGAUAGAUGUUCCAGGCCAUGUCCGCUCCUGGGGCGAGGCAUACCCGCAGCUCCUCACGCCCUGCUACACGGGCAAGAAAGUGACCUCUCUUGGGCCUCUUGACCCGACCAACGAGCAGACGUACAAGUUUCUGGGGCAACUUCUGGAGGAGGUUCGGGAGUGGUUCCCGGAUCGGUACCUGCAUUUGGGGGGAGAUGAGGUCGAUUCUAAAUGCUGGAUAUCAAACCCGUCGCUGUUACGCUACAUGAUGCGGCACAACAUGUCGUCCUGGACCAAGCUCCACAGUUUGUUCAUGGAAAGGGCCACGCCGCUUGUCGGGGACAGGAAGAUCAUUGUCUGGGAGGCAAUGUUUGACGAGAAAGUGCCCCUAUCAAAUGACACGGUGGUACAAAUCUGGCUGUAUGCAUGGGCAUCUAAAAUUAACGAGGUACUGGAAGCGGGUAAAAAAGCCCUAUUCUCCUCAGAGUGGUACCUCUCCAUGAUGGGCAACGGAGGUGACUGGGAGAAGUUCUACAAGUUCGACCCUCGACUGAACGUUAGCGACAGAGCAUUAGUUCACAACAUGAUCGGGGGGGAGGCUUGUAUGUGGGGGGAGUACGUUGACAGCACUAACUUUAUAACGAGGGUUUGGCCACGAGCCUGCGGGAUCGCGGAGCGACUCUGGUCUGAGGCGUCGCGCGACGACAUGGAAACUGAAGAGCAAACGGAAUGGGCUAGCGACUUUAGCGACGGGGGCAGGAUAGCAGAGACCAUGGACCAUGUUCGUCGUCGUAUCGAGGAGCAGGCGUGCCGUAUGCUGAGGCGGGGUGUGCCGGCUGAGCCGCCGAACGGGCCCGGGUUUUGUGUCGUGUGACCACUUAAUAGUAGAUCGUUUGUAUAAAUA